GUGCCCUCAAAUCUCCUGCAGGGAAGGGCAUUUCCACUGACCCUGGGCUUGGUGUUGGGUCAAGGGUUUGAGAAACGUGUGGAGGUGAAGGAUUUUCAGGCAUCAGGGUCACUGCCUGCUUCUGACCAGAGAACAUGGGACCCGGCCUGCGCCCGCCUCCUGCAAACCCAGGUCCUCACCCUCAGGAUCAGGGCCCACCCUUGUUGCACUCCCUGGGCCCCGCCUCUGCCCAAACAAAUAUUGCAGACAGGUGUGUUGUCCUGUGAAGGAGAUCCUGGGUAGGUGUGUGCCUUGGCAGUCCCAAACACCCCAUGGCAUCGUGUUCCUGGCGGUCAGGUCUGCACAGGGAUGGGGACGAUGGGUCAGACCGGAAGGUUGGGAUCAUGUGGUGGGGACCUGGAAUUCUGUUUUGGUCCCAGCAUAGUGCUUCCAGUUUGGAGGGAGGUAAUUUUGAGGUCUGGUAAAGCUGGAGCGUAUUGUAAGGUGUGUUCUGGGGUCAGAUCUGUCACAUCAUCCUGAUGGCUGUGCUUCCUGAGUGGAGGGCUUUGACUUUUGACUUUUUCUACGAUAAUCUCAGUACACAUGGUUUUUAAACUGGGACCCCAUCUGGUGGGUGCAGUGCUGUCAUAACUCUGCCGGCUUCCUGAGACCUGGGCUCUUGCAUGGCACCAGGGACUGCAGUGGUUUUCUGGGAUGGUGACUCCCAGACCCCUCCUCCCACUUGGCUGACUUCUUGGGAAGAGUUGUCCACGAGCUUCCCAGACCCUGAGUACUGGGCCCUGCCCGGAGUUCCCGACUUACGGCCACAGGGGCCCUGGGGGACGCGCAUGUCUGACGAGCGCCCAAGGCCCCACUUGGGGAGUCCAGGGCCCGUCUCUGCUGAGUUGUUGGCCUCACCCCUGCUGCGCGGUGGUGUGGGCUCUGGGUAGGGUCUGUGUUGCUCUUGGACCGGGAAUGGGGCAAAGAGUGUGAUUUCGGUUGGAUUGCUGAGGGACAGGUGAGGGUCAGCCUGAGUCAGGUUGGAGGUGUUGCACAGGAGUAGUAACGAGGGGUCGGGGGUGGGGCAUGAGCUGGAUUUGAGUUGAGGCUCCACGCUUAGCCAGCAAGUAACCUUUUGGGUCUCCCUUCUAGUUGUUCCCAGGUCUGCAUUGACCCUGGCUGGAGACAGGGGUAGGUGAGCCUGAGCCAGGAAACGUGGCUGGGAGGUUGUUCUUCUGAACCCGGCUGAGAACCCUUGUGGUUGUGGAGAACCCCAUGUUGUACUCAGGAAUGUGGGGUGUUGGACCUCUUCCCCCACAAGAGCAGAGAGGAGACCUGUUGCCAGCUCUCCAUGGAAAUCUGAAGGGUUGGGGCAGGCUGCUGGUCAUCCCCUUCCAGGAGACACCAAGGCCUUGUUUAUGGGACAUUGAACAUGUCGGGAAUCGCCCUCAGCAGACUCGCCCAGGAGAGGAAAGCCUGGAGAAAGGACCACCCGUUUGUAAGGGCUUUGUGGCUGUCCCGACAAAGAACCCCGACGGCACGAUGAACCUCAUGAACUGGGAGUGCGCCAUUCCAGGGAAGAAAGGGACUCCCUGGGAAGGAGGCUUGUUUAAGCUACGGAUGCUUUUCAAAGAUGAUUAUCCAUCCUCACCCCCAAAAUGUAAAUUUGAGCCACCGCUGUUUCACCCGAACGUCUACCCUUCGGGCACAGUGUGCCUGUCCAUCCUCGAGGAGGACAAGGACUGGAGGCCAGCCAUCACGAUUAAGCAGAUCUUGUUAGGAAUACAGGAACUUCUAAAUGAACCAAAUAUCCAGGACCCAGCUCAAGCAGAGGCCUAUACGAUUUACUGCCAAAACAGAGUGGAGUACGAGAAGAGGGUUCGAGCACAAGCCAAGAAGUUCGCGCCUUCGUAAGCGGCGGCCGCGGCAGCGUAAGAAGGAAGGGAUUGGUUUGGCAAGAACUUGUUUACAACAUUUUUGCAAAUCUAACGUUGCUCUGUACAAUUACUAGUCACCUGGGAGGGUGGGCGGGCGCCAUUUUCCAUUUCCGCCACUGGCACGCAGUCCUGACUCGCUGAGCUGCCCGGUUUUUCAUACAGGGUCUCUUCCUUCAGUCUUUUGUAUUUUUGAUUGUUAUGUAAAACUUGCUUUUAUUUUAAUAUUGAUGUCAGUAUUUCAACUGCUGUAAAAUUAUAAACUUUUAUACUUCGAUGAGCCCCGAGGAGCUAGUUUCCUUUGCUCGCGGACGCAGGCAUGCUUCCCGCCGUGUAGAGCUACACGUAGCCUCCCGCCUCGCUCCCCGCAGAACCCAGGUUGUGUUGCUUAUGAGCCUCAGAUCCAAAGGCAGCCGGCGUCUCGUCUCCGCAUCACUUCCUUUGUGUUUAUAUGGCGUUUUGUCUGUGUUGCUGUUUAGAGUAAAUAAACUGUUUAUAUAAAGGUUUUGGUUGCAUUAUCGUCAUUAAGACUGUGAGGAGGCGGCCUUGCGGUGCGCUGGCCCCCCACGCGGCUGCAGGCCCGUGGAGCAGAGCUCGCUGUGCUCCGGCGCGCCUGGACCCGCGUGGCGCUCGGCCUGGGCCUCUGUAAAUAGUGCCGUGUGCAAGGACGGUGUGUGUCCAGGGCUUGUCCCCCAGCCCAGGUCUUCGGGCUGCGCAGAGAGCAGAUGUGGUCAGCUUGGAACUGGUGUCUAGAGCCUUCUAAAGCUGGUUCGGGCCAGACCCUGCCCCAGGGAGGACUGCGUGCCAGCAGCUCCCCUCUUCCUGGCACAUGCUGGAGCCUGCCUGGGGGGCCUGCGGCCUCCUGCUGCCCGCCCGGCCUCACCGGCCGCCCUGGGAUCGUCCUGCGCCAGCUCCCCAACCCUGGGUGCGGGCGGCCCGGCAUCGGGACAGACGCCCCGGAGGCUGGACUGAGGCCGCCGUGCACAGGUACUUCCUUUUUCCUGAAGGACUCUGAGCCCGGUCUGCCUGUGGGGCUGUUCUCAGAAAGCACCCCGAAACCUGAGCUGAGCUCCGUGAAGUCAGCUGCCUGCUCAAGCUGGGAAACGGGCCUGGUUCCUGGCUCAGCCUCAAGGAGCCCUAGACGGAGACGAGGAGAAGCAGGGGCCGGGCCCGGUGAGCACAGUGCCCUACACCAGCUGACCUCGCCUUCCCACCCUGGGGACCCUCGCUUUCCCAAGCGGGUCACCUGUGGCUCCAGCACACGGACUGAGCUGGGGCGGGAGGGCUGGUCCCAGGGCCCUCGGUCAGGAAGGGCAUCUCGAUGUGGCCCAGCAGCAGGACGGCAGUGAGAGUGGGAGGUGGCCUCCUCGGCCCCUUGGCCACAGUCGCUGCGUGGCUCCGAGGUCCCAGUGCCUUGCUCACUCGCGUAGCUGGACGUUUAGCAGAGCUCAGCUUGAUGUUGGUGAUUUAUUCCUGAUGCGAGGCCCUUCGGGGGGACUCCGCUGGCGUGUUUGUCGCCUCUCCCAGAACGUCUUAUUUUGUAAUGACUGAGAUACACUUAGGAACAGCCGCACAUGUAUAUGCUUAAUGUAUAUGGAAAUUCAAUAUAUUUUCUAGUUGAAGCAUUCUAAAGUAAUCGAUGUUUCUAGCAAAUUGUUAUGAUUUCAACUAAUGAAAUGUCCUUUUGUGCCCCAGUCCUUGGCUUAACAACGUUGUGACUCUUGUAACAGGAAAAGUAUGGAACGCGUCCAUCCUGUUUCUGGUGUGAGGGAAGAGAGUGUGUUCCCAGCAUGAGGCGCCUAAUGAUUAGUAAGGAAUUGUGGGCAAUACAUUAACCACUGUAUCCAAGAACCCUGUGAUUAAAAACAUUUCCACAAA